UGGUGAACCUAGCACCAGGAUGUGCUUUUAAUUCAAAGCCUCCAAACCGUUUCAGAUUCACUUUCUGUUGAUGUCAUGCUUUAUUUUCUAUAUUAGUUUAUUAACAGUUUAUUCUUCUCAUGUAAAUGGCGAUGGCGAGAUGACAUAAAAGCAUGUGCUUAUUCUACCACCCGAGUAAAUAAAGAAUUGUCAUUAUCAUUGUCUCUCUCAAAUUGUUGCAACAUUUAUUACAACAAAGGGUAAAAAGGAGGACUUUUCGCUCGAGUGCGGUGCAACCCUCUUGUGACCUCGACAGGCAAACGGAAGACGUGACGGGGAGAAAAUGAGGACAAGAGUGAGAGGUCAGUCUGCAGAGCGACCUGCAUCUGCUGCAUCGCCCUGCACCACUCAUGCUUUGUGCAGCUUUUGUAAGCCACUCGUCUGCAGAAAUUUUCAGUUGCAGUCUGGAGGCCAGGAUGGCAAGUGCUGUUAAGAAAUGCGGCAUAGUUUCUUCGCUUGGAAGGCCAAAACGGUGGCAGUUCGACAGUAAUGUCAUCUGCUGUAUUGUUCUUCUUUCCAUUUUGAUGUUUCCAAAAUGUUUAGCAGAGGAAGAACAUUCAAAUGAACAUGGUGUUUACUACUAUUUGGCUCAGAUCAACAUAACUUUCACAGACCCGAAGACAAACAGCGUGAAGCAUGAAAGUUACCCUGGAAAGUACGGCGUCAAAAGUUUAGUGGAACAACAAUCAGGGGUUGCUGUUCACGUGAGGACGAAAGACAAUAAAACUGAUGGCUGUACAGAAUACAACGUAAAAUUGCCUUCAGAAAAGUGGAUUGCUGUUGUGGAGAGAGGAGACUGCCUUUUUACGGACAAAAUUAAAUUGGCUACCAAAACAUACAAUGCGUCGGGUGUUGUCAUUUACAACAAUGAUGAGCAGACCACAAUAAUGCAACAUACAGUUUCCGACCAGGUGUCAGUGUUGGUGUCUAAAGAGUCUGGCAAGCAGCUGACAGAACUGAUUGAUUCUGGUGUGAGAGUUAUGAUGACCAUCAUUCCAGGCCAAAAAGAUUUCAGCAGUUCAGAUCAUGCCAGUAACAGCAUCAGCAAAACCUCUGUUCUCUUUGUGUCCAUCUCAUUCAUUGUCCUUAUGAUCAUCUCCCUAGCCUGGCUUGUGUUCUACUAUAUUCAGCGUUUCAGAUAUGCUCAUGCCAAAGAACGUCUUGCUAGACGAUUGGCAAGUGCAGCCAAAAAAGCCAUUUCCAAAAUACCACAGAAAACUGUGAGACAUGGAGAUCGGGAACUUGAUAGUGAAUUUGACCAGUGUGCUGUGUGCAUUGAGAGUUACAAAACCCAUGAUGUUGUUAGAACACUGCCUUGCAAGCAUGUAUUCCACAAGUCUUGUGUGGACCCCUGGCUUUUGGAUCAGAGGAGCUGUCCUAUGUGCAAAUUGGACAUUCUGCGUGCUUAUGGCAUGCAGAUUUUUGGAAGUCAUGAGAGUAUUCAGCAGGGUACAGAAGGAGGCACUGUGACGGUGCAGAUGGAGGAACAAGAACAUACCACAGUCACAGACGACCAGCCUGCAAAUGACACCGAGGUCAAAGUGCUUCUUCUGCCUUAUCCCUCUGUGGUUUAUCAGGCAGCACAAGAUGCUGGACCUUCUGGGUCUUCCACCAGAGGGUCUUCUUCAGGCCAUGAGGAAGGCCAAGAGCAUCACAUUUUGGCACCAGGUGGCGUUAAACGAAACCCUAAUGUCAAUCAGGUGAAUAUCUCAGCCCAUGGUCCUCCCCAUGGUACUCAGUUUACAGAGAUGCAGGCGCUUAUGUGUUUAGACCAGGAGGAGGAGGAGGAAGAGGAGGGAGAUUCUAAGAAGCCGUGCUUCCAGCCUGGUGCUCUUGACUUAAAUUAUGUGAAAGAGCUGGAGGUGCUUGAGAUGGACAAGAUACCCAUAAACAAGGAGCCAAAAAUGUAAAUGCACAUAACACUGGACUAUUUCAUGUGAUUUUUGUACAAGAAAAGUGCUGGAUACUUUCUUGGAGAAUAAAGUGAGAUUAUGGCAGAACUAACACUGAAGCAGUUGUACUCUGGACAUAGAGUGGAUGUAGUGAUGCACUUUGGAUGUAGAGUGUGACCUUAUGCCUUCCACAUGGGGUACAACUUCGGUGAAUAUGGAAGGAAAAGUGACUUUUAUUUCAAAUUUUGUUGGCCAAAAGUCAGUAAGGUUGUGACUUUUGUUACCUCCUUCUUCAUUCUUCAGGCCUCAGGUAAGCCUGAAUGAUGAGAUGCCAGUUCUUGUGCUGUAUCAUACAGGGUAUGUAAAAUGUUUGCUUUCAUGUCGAAGAAAAAAAGUAUUUUCCUGUCAUGAUUGCAAAAUAGAUUGUAUGAAAUUUAAAUCCUAGGUGACUUGUGCAGCAAAAACUGUAUGGUUUUGGAAGAAAAGAUGUGCAGUGGUGUCUGGUCACCUUUGGCAUUAUGGCCAUCAUCGCUGGCAUAAAAUGUUUAAGAAACUGCAGCAACUUUUUUUUCUUUCUUUCCUGUGGAUGAUAAAGGAUAUUGAAGCUGUUAAGCUUAACAUCCUGAGAACAAAUUGUUAUAAAAUCUUGUAGUAUUCUGGAAAAGAGAAGAUCCUAGUUGCAGUUGGAAUUACCUGUUGCAAGACAAAUGAAAUAACUUCGUGGAAAAUUUAUUAAUGUGGUUUUCACGUUCUUUAGAAGAUUUCCCAACAAUUUUUGGGAUAGACCUUAGUUUUUAAUAUAGUUUUCCCUUCACUCUGUGGCUUUCUCAGUUUCUGUCUGCUUGUCUAUUUAGUCUUUUCUCUUUUGUCUGAGAGUAGAACAUUGUUGUUAUCAUCCAGAUAGUGUGUCUGCAUUUUUUGUUUCGGUUUUGGUGUCUAAAAAUUCAUGCUAAAUUUGUGAUCCAUCUUUGAAGUAGUAGUAUUUAGGAACUUUGCACUCAGUCUGGUUCUCUUCAACCAUUAAUGUCAUUAUGAUCACUUCUAGAGUGUCUUUUUCUGUUUCUUUGUUCAAAUGUCUUUUUUGUGAAACGGCUGCAGUCCACAGAGAUGCCACCAGUUAUUACAACUCUUAGAAAUGGGAAAUACAAUCAGUUUGGUACAGCAUAUACUGUACAAAUGCAAAAAUACAUGUUAGUAAGAAAAGAGGAACUAAGAAACACUCUAACAUUAUUUGAAGACAGAGAUUACUUUACCGAGGGUUAAUUAAUUUACUUUAGGGUUGCAUGAUAUUGCACAUCUGUGCAUCUUGUAAAGUAUUCCUUUGCCAAAGAGAAUGAAGACAUGAAGCUGUUAUCUUGUUGACAAUAGCAUAAGCCUGUUGCUCACUAUAGGAGAGAAGGAAAGUGUUGUUUGGAUGCAGAUGUACUUCUGUGUGUUGUAUACAUCUGCUGAGUGCAUGGUUGCUGAUACAGGCCUUGAAUGACUUGACGAAUAUUACAUUUAUUUGAAUUGCUCGGUCAUGAAAGCAGAGUUUAAAUCAGCUAAAAGCCCCUAUCGUUUUUGUUCCAUUUCAUUUACUUCUGCAAUAUAUUUGUGCACACUUUGAUUUAAUAUAUAAUGAUGUAUUUGCAUGUAUCACGCUGUGAUAUAGCCUUUGUUGCUGGUGUGGCAUAAAACUCUAACAACUAAGCAAGCUGCAUGUCAUCACUUUGUUGAAAGAGUAGAAGAGAUGUUACCAUCACAACAUCCUUCCAUACUAGUCAUCUUGGAAGUGGAAGUACAGGCCCCAGCAAAGUACAGCAGACACAGUGGUGGUGGUGGUUUUUGCGGAAAGUGACAGUUAUUUGUUUGCCAUAUUAUAAAGCAGUUUUCCAUCCACAAAGCCUUGCCACGUACUACUGGGCACUUCACAAUCUGAUGCCUCUCAAAAUAUUGAUUUUGAGAAAAAGAUAUAAGGCUACAGAAAUACACCCUUGUGUUCCUUUAACAGAUGUGUUGACUGAGUGAACCUGCAUCUUGUGUCCUUUUUGCAAGCAGAAUGGAGCAGAGUCUAUUGUAUAGUAUCCUGCUGCUUUAAUUCCAUUAGGUGCAUCGUGUUGUAUAUUUGUGGUAGCAACUUGUUUGUGUGAUGAGCUCCCUAACUGGAAACAUUCCAAUGAAAUCCUGUUCUAUACUUACUGAGUUGCUCAUUUUGAGAGCUCUCACUUUGACUUUGAGUGUCAAGCCUAUUUACUUGGAUAUUUGACAAAGCCACAGAAUAUUAUAUUCUUAGUUUGUGAUCCAGUCUUAUUUUGUGCUUCUUUACAUUUUUAAAAUACAAAGCAAUGUUGUGGUUAUUUUUCAUAUUCUUACAUUGUUCUAAGUUUGUCUUUUAGGUCUGGUUGGCUUGACAUUUUGUACUCAAAGGAUUUGUUUUUGGUGCUUGGUUUGUCCAUCAAUGUUUGCUCUUCCUUAAAUCUUACUUUGCAAAAUCAGUGUAAUGUUAUCCAUGUUUAUUAGAGAAAAAAUAGUAGCAGUAGCAUAUAGCAAUAAUAUUAACAGGAUAUAGAACUAAACCAUUUACAACUUUUGGAAUUAGAGGUUUAUUAGCCCCUUCCCCAUUUUUUUUUAAUGAUCAUGUUUAUGAUGCGUUUGACAAAGGUUGUAUUUUUUGGUACACCUAUCAAUGCAUUAAAAGGAUAAUUUAAGUGCAUAAUUAUUUUCAAAUGGCUGGCUUUGGUUUAAUGUAAGAUAGUAGUUUCCCAAAUCUGAGUUUAUAACUCCAUUCAAAAUUAAAAGUCAUAACUCGCUGUACUUGGAAUAUGGUAAAGAUCACUUUUUCUGCAGUGUUACAAAGGCAUCCUAUGUUACGGCAAUGCCUCAUGACUAUUAGCAUCAGUGAUCAAUCAGAUCAGUCCACAUAUUUUUCUCUUCCCCCCCCCCAAAAAAAAAGAAAAGAAAAAGAACACCUUUGUAUGGUAAGCUAAUGUCAGAAGUAUGGUGCAUUGACCAGCAGCUUGACCCAUGGACUAUUCACAAACUGGACUGCUGGCUAUCUGUCAAAACCCAUACUUAGCCUCACCAGAAGUGUUAAGCUGUCAGGUUUUGGUGAGCCCUUGGAAAGCUCACAUACAGGAACAAAGCAAGUUGAGAGUUAAUAGCACCAGAGAUUUUAAUGCCAACAAUAUACUUGCAUAGGUGUUUGCUUAGUUACUUUAUUUUUUGGCAAAAGUUGACCUCCAUUCCCUAUAGUUUAGAGCCAGCAUACCAAAAAUCCAACAGACCAUAAAGCUUGGCUUGCUGUAUCUCUGUCAAUACAAGCGCUCACAUAGUCUGUUCUGCAGGUAAGUUGAUAAGCUGGAGAGAGAAAGAGAAGGAGAAGGACAAGCCUUCUCUGAUUAUUUUUUGUUUUAAUCUUUCAUAAACUAGCAAGCCACAGCUUUAAAUUGCACUUUAUGGGGAAGAAUUAGGUACCAUUUGAGUCAGAGUUCCAGUGUUCUGUGAUAUGUAUAAUGUUUAUAUAAUGCCAAAUUAAAAUCAAAACUCUGACCAAAUUUAUAAUUGCAUUGUAUUUUUUUGUUAAGUAAUGAAAAUACAGAAACAGAAUCACAGAAAUAAAGUAAAGGUCAUUACUCAUUUGCAUUAAUCGCAGUAUAUGCUUUGAAAUAAAUUUGAGAUAUGGAGUAAAUUCACUUUUUAAAUUUUCUAGCAGUAAAUUUAUACCGCUGCCAGCAAACUUGCAUCCUUUUCACUUUAGCUCUAUGAAGAACAAGUAUCUUGAAGAAAAUGAAUAAAGAUUGUACAAUUAUACCCACAUUUUAUAUAUUAAAAAAGGUUUCAUGACUAAAACUGUGUUCUUUUACUACCUUCAUAAUUCAGAAUGAGCUUAAAUAGGCCACAGUGGAUUUAGGGCUGCAAAUAUAUGCAUUCUAGUAUAAUUAUUAGGCAUAGUUUUCCAUGGCAUCAGUACUCAUUUUAUUUGUACACAAUAACUGCUAAAUUUCCUUUGCCUCUUCUUUAUAAUUAUAUAUAUAUGAAGGGAGGCAAUAAGAGAAUCAUGUUGAUCCCCACCACCACUUACAGUAUAGUGAUUUUCUCUUCCUAUUACGCAGACAGGCACAUACGUGCACAUGCUCACACACACACAGAGAGAUUGCUAUGGCCUGUAUGAUUUGUAUGGUCUUUGUAUGUUGAGGGUGAUAUGUGAGUGGCACGGCUAGAUACUAUUCCUUCUGAUACUAGAGUGCUACUUUUCAGUUUUCCACUCAACUGUUUGACUCUUGCUAUAUAUUACACUACAUGCCAUCUGAUAUCACUUUUCCUGCCUGUUUUGACUGAUUUUUACAACAGCUGGAAAUACCAUGUUUUCUUUCAAAAUGUUGUGGAAAAUGAGAAAAGACAGGAAUUACAGGUGAGGCUAUUUAGCUGAGUUGAAAUGUUCAAUCUCUUUUGUUUUCUGAAGCCUGUUCCCUCACUCUUUUCAACCUUCUCCACCCCACUCCCAGAUACAUAUUUGCUUAAUAGAUCACGUUUCCCAAACAUAUAUUUGUUGAACACUAAUUAAACUAUGAAUUAUGCCUUUCAUGACUUAAAUCCAUCUGUCCAUUUCAUCCUGUGUGGCCUGAAAGAUUUGAAGCUUUGUAAUAGCUGUGCUGUGUGUAUACAUGAGCGCUUGCAUGUGUUCACCAUUUGUGUAGGCUUCUUCAAUGUUAAUUUUUAUUGUAAGGUUUUGGGCAGGUAUCCCAUACUGGAAUUACUAAAACUACUAAUCUGCAUUAUAGUACCUUUACAGUGUGUUAAAGCUGUAUACAGUCUUUUGUUGGAAAGGAUAAAACCAGGUGUUGCUUGUGAAGCCAAAACAAUUAAAAUGUUUGAAAAUAA